AUGUCCGCCUCGAUGUCCACCGCGGUUUUUGCCGCGCUUUUCCAUAUAGUGGAACCAGACUUAGGGUCCUUCAAGAAAAGAACGCCAAUAGUUAAAAGGCCUCUUGAUGGCAGCACGCAUGCGUGUACAACUGAGCAGUGCGGUGGAGGAGUCGGCCGUAACAUCGCAGAGGCUCUGUGGAGACUCACCGGAGGCCGAGCCAAGCUGCUCACAGCUGUUGGUGAUGAUGCUGACGGGCGGUUUUUGCAUAACAUCGCACCUGGAUUAAUACUUGAUGGUUGCUUCACGAAAGAAUCUUCCACCGCAACAUACGCUGCAAUAUUUGACAAGAAAGGAGAGUGCACCAUCGGCUUGGGUGACAUGGAAGUACAUAGACAUAUUUCGCCAGAAUUGAUAAACAAACACAUCGAGAUAUUGAAAAAUACACCGCUCAUUGUAAUUGACGGCAACAUUCCACAAAACACCAUGGAGCAUGUUCUGGAGCUAAGCCAGAAAUACCAGAAAAAAGGUAAGAAAUUUUUUUGUCUAUGUUUGAUGCCCCAAUGGGACUGA